CUGUUUCAAUACACGUUAAGUUUAACAGUAUACACGUACACUAUUAUCGGUAUAAAUAAACGUGUUGUGAAUUAUGAGUAAGCAUUACACACUUACACAUUGUGAUUUACCUUUAAGUUAUGAUUUAUAGUUUACCAUACCUAUGGUAUACUACUGUAGAAUACUAGUCGGGUUGGUAAGUACUACUUACUGUAUAACAAUACACUGUUUAAUCUAUAAUGUAUUGAUAUUUCUUCAACGUAUGUAAUGUUUUAAACGGUUUUUUUUUUUUAAAUUAUUAAGUGUUCAGUGUUUAAAACAAUACAGUUUAAAUUACAAAGCAGUACACUUUUGGUUGAUGUUUCUACGAAAUACUAUUAUUUUUUUCUACUAAAAUAAAGGUGCCUAUAGAGUUGUGAAAUACAUCAAACGCGCAGUUAUUCAAUAUUUCAAAUUUCAAUUGCCCAUGAAGAAUUUCUUCAUCUAUCAAAACAUUACUUGUCUAAAAUAUAAUGAUACAACAAUAUUGUCACAAUAAAUAUUGUAUUGAUUACAAUAAGUGGAAAUGGACCCACAGUUAACCAAACAAUUAAUUCGAAGACGAUUGAUUUUAGAAAAUUCUUUGGAAGAUUCGAUAAAUUAUGAAAAUAAAAUAAAUAAUAUUGAAGUAUCUUCAAUAUUAUUAACAGAUAAUAUACCAUCAAAUAAUAUAAAACACAAUUUUCUAGAAAAAAUCAAAAAAUUUGAAUCAUUUGGUGAUAAUCAAAUAAAAAAAACACAUCAAAGCAUUGUAGACAAAUCUCGUAAUAACACUGAAAUUGUCAAUAAAUUUAAUAAUCUAAAUAAAGAUAUAGUAUCAAAAAGAAUACAAAUAACAAAGAAACUUGAAUUUGACAAUACUGAGGACUUAUAUAAUAACAAUAAUAAAAAAGAUAAUUUAAAUGAAAAAAUAAAACAAUUUGAAACAUCAUUUCUAAAAAAUAAUAAAAUCUUAAAAUUAAACACGAAAAAUGUUAAGGAACAUCUACAGACAUCAAAUGAGUUAACUAAAACAUUGAAAAAAAAAAGAUGCAGUAAAUCUGAUUAUAAUAAUUGGGAAAUAGACAAAAACUGGGUAUACUAUACGGAUUAUUCAAGUGUAAAUAAUAAAAAAAUGUGAGUUAUUCAAUAAGAAAAAAAAUAAACUGGAAUCAGUUAUAAAAUAAUUCUACCAUACAAUAAUGAUUUAAUUUUUUAAUAUAUAACACGCCAUGCUGUUUAUUGUUUAAAAUAAAAUUUAUCUAACCAUUUUCUUGAUAACCAAAUUUAUAUAAUUUAAGUAUGGAUAACUGGGAUAACUUGACUUGCGGUACAAGUAUAUCCUUUACACCUAACAAUGACACUAAUCCAAUUGGCAGUAUCAAAACUGGAAAUACGCACAAUUUAAAUGCACUUGGUUCAGAAUGUUCAGAUGCAGAUGAUAAAGUUAAAUUAAAUAAUUCACAACUCUUGUCUGUAGAUGGCUGGGAGAAUUAUCAAAAAGAACUUAUACAGUUAUGUUUUGAAUUUUGGGAAGUAAACGAAACACAAGAUAAUGUAAACAUUAAUUUACAGUCUGAUUCGACAAAUGAGCUACUAAUACCAUCAUCAUUAUUUGCCGAUAAUUGUCACAGAAAUAUCAUUGAAUUUGAAUCAAAAUCCACUGCCGAGAAUAAUGUUAUUAUUUCGGACAAACUUCAAAACAAAGAAUGCGUUGAAAUUAAUGAUAAUUCUUUAAAAAGUAAAUAUGAACACAAUCUAGAUAUUCAAGGAUUUUCUAAAGCUAUGAAUAAUAAUAUAGACGCGAAAACAAAUGAAAAUAAUUUAAAAAUUAUCGAAAACAGAGUAAAUAAAAGAACCAAGAAAAAAUUGAAAACAUUUUCUUUUUAUAAAAAUACGAGCAAACAGGUUAAAGCAUCUAAAAAAGUACAACCAUUAACUUUUGAUAAUUAUACAUCAUGCACAUUGGAAGACUUAAGAAAAUAUAAAAAAUGGUUGGACUCAGUUGAUAAAGUAAAUACAUUUAAUCCAGAUAUAGAUAAUAAUGAUGACAAUAUCAAAGAAAAUAACUAUUUUGAUAAAGUAUACUGUGAUAAAACAAAUAACUGUAAUACAUAUUCAUUAGAUUUCGAAGCAAAAGAAAUGGAACAAAAAGUUCGAAAACUUAUCAAAUCAUUAAAUGAAAAAGAUAAAUUGUUCUCAAGUAUAGGAAUAAACGAACAAUCGGCUAAAUUUGGAUCGUCAAAUAAAUUUAAAUGUUUUUUUAAAAAUGCUUUUCGAGGAACUCAGAACGAAUUAGAUACACACAUUUUAGAUGACUACACACAAUUUAUCAAUCACAAAUUAUAUACAUGGCAAAGUUUAUUAAAUUGCUUAGAAGAUAUUAGACAAAGAAAGUCUUCUACAAUAAAAAUUUGUAAUCCUUUAGAAGAUACAAUUAAGUAUAAAUUUUCUGAAAUAAAUUUUCACAAUUUAAAAAUGACGGAUAACUACGAUGACAAUAAUUCCAAAUUUGUCAAUAUGAACGAUAAUUUCAGUGAAAUGGGAAAGCUGAAAAAAAACAAAUUCUUUAAAUUGCUCAAUAAAACAAAAAGCACUAUGGAUAUGCGUACAUUAGUUAAACGGACUAGAGAACAAAAUAGUACUGAUAGCAUUCGAGUGAAUAAUUACCAAUGUACAUCGAACCAAAUUAUCGAUGAUAAAAUGCCUAAAAUGGAUAUUGACAUUUUAGAUGUGGUCAAAAAUCGGAAAUCUCCGGGUGAGAUUCGAAGAAGCUUAUCAGAUACUGAUCUGCAAUUCAUAACAUCUGAUUACAAUAAGAAAUCAAAACAAAUUGGAAAUAAUAUCACCAGAAUCAGUGGGGAAAAAUUAAUCUGCAUCGAAACGUCGAUGACAAAUAAAGAACGCAAUCGUUGUUGGGAUGGUGUGACUAAAGAAUUGUGGGAGGAGCGGCAAGAGACAUUCCAGACGGCAGUGGCUCGUUUAGAGUACGUAGGAAGCACAUUUAAGGAGCAAUGUCGAUUGGAUGGACUGAAAACUUUAUGCAAGGUAGAUGUAUUAGCGGGCUUUGGGUAUUCUGCAGAAGCUGUCGAUCUAUUUGUAUCCACACUGCCAUUGAGUAAGAACCCUGAUCUAAUGAUUAGGAAAGCUGAAGCAGCGUACGAUUGGAAGUUUUUCUGUCAUCUUUCUAUGUGGCGUUAUUCCUAUAAGGAUUGAAACAUAAAUUAAACAUUGCUAGAUUAUUUUAUAAUUAUGCACUAGUAGUGGCAACUAAUUUUUAGUACCUAUUGAAUAUUACCUACUUCAUAUUUUGUGGUUUGUAUUUGUAAGUAUUUUAUAGGUAUCUUUAUUCGUAUCUAUAAUCUAUAUACAUCAUAAGUGUUAUUAUAACAAUAAUUAUACUAAUUACUAAUUAGCAUUACAUUACUUAAACAAUAUGUAUAGGUACAAAAUGCAAAUAAUAAAUGAUUUGUUGAUUGAAUUAUAUUUUUAUAUUUUGUAAUAAUUCUAUUUUAUAUUUGUGAAUAAUUUAAAUCGAAUUGUACAUAAUAAAAUAUACUUAUAAAUAAUUUUUUUUACUUUUUAAACGAUUGACAAUUUAUGAUUUUAUUUAUAAGUACGUUAAAACUUUUAGGUAGGUACAUAGCUUUUUGUGUAAUGUAACCUGUUCUGUAUACAAAGCACCUAUAGUAUUAUAGAAAAUAACCAAAAGUUUACUAUUUAAUUUAUUUAGACUGCAGACGUAAAGUAAUUUAAAAAAUUAACAAUUACUAAUUACCAUUAAUUAAGUAUCAAAUUUAAAAUAACUAAAUAAAUACUUAAUAACUUUAAAUAAUACUAUAUGACUUAUUUAAACUGUAAACAAUAAAUAUAUUUUAAUAUUUUAUUAUUUUUAUUUUUAUGUUGAAAUAAAUUAAACAUUAAAUAUUUUUAAA